CGUUUGAAACCGAACAUUACUACACGCGUACCUAAUAUAAAACCAUUAUGAUAAAAUCGACGGGACGAACGAUAUCCGCGAGCAUCGCGAUUAUUAUCACGUGUUUAAAGCUUACACGGGCCUUGGAGUUGGCCGUCCCUAAACCCGAUACAGUGUUCGUACCCGUGCCGUACGAUCUUCUCGAAAACGUCCAAUGGAUGAUGGGCGAUCCCGGCAAAAUGCAUUCGACGUGCGGCACGUUCGAUACGUACAAGGAGCACACGUCAAAACUCGAACAAGUAAAACAAACAAAAUUAAAAAUUAAUACAAUUAAAAAAAAACAAAUAAAAAAAACACGUAUUUUUGUGACUCGAGUUUAUCGGAAACGUAUUUAUGUUCAAGAUUGUCGGUCGAUGGUAUACCAUGUACAUGUCGAACAUUCCAAUAGAGACAGAUUACUGCAGUCAGUUUUCAAGUAAAUAUUAUGUGUACUAUAACAGUUGCGUGCCCGUCAUACACGAUGAGCUAUAACGGUUAUUAAAAUUUUUUAAAGGGCUAGUGUUUUGAUUCCAAAUGCUGAAAAUCGUUUUAGCCAAAGUCCUAUUUAGUUUUUAACAUUUAAACAAUCAUUAUUACACGUACGGAAAUUGCGCGUUGACUUCCGGAUGGAUUGAAAUAUAGACGAUUAAUGAUAAAGCGGCGAAAAAUAACUAUUGUACGUCAAUCGCAUUCAUCUGAUAAAAGCGGACCCCGACGACGAAUAGACUGUUGAUGUGCAUUUAUUAUUUAGAAUAAUGGGUAAACUAUGAUAGUCGCACGGGCGCAUUACAGUCGUAAUUACUUGACACAAACGAUUAAUCGUCGCGUACAGACUAUACGUAAAACCGUAUACAAUAUCAUGCCUUCCCGGCAGUACUCGCCGAUAUUUAACAUAAGAUAUAAAUUAAGGGAUUCGCAUCCAAUAUAUGUAUUUAUUUAACCGGCGGUAUAAUGAUACAACACACUGAUAAUAUUAUAAUCGAAAUUUACACGAGUUCGGAUGCAACGUCAAACGCGUCAUAAUGUCUGAUUGCACUGAGCUUCGGUGCUGAAAUCGUAGGUAUAAAUAUCUAAAGGUCGAUUAAAUUACGGUAAAUUUAUCAUAAUAAUACACCCGAGCGUGUACGUGUUAAUUUCUAUAACAAUGUUUAAGUCACACUCGACUCGCGUAAUCCUCUUAUCUUCCCGUGUCCCCCAUCGUAAAUCGGGUGAGGCCUUAUUUAAACGUGCAGUGGGUUUUGUAAAUUAUAUAAUGGAUAUUUAUUCUUCGUUUCAUUACCGUUCGUAUUCGUCGUUUUCGCGGCGAUUCAUUUUAAAUCUUGUUUGGCUAUGCGAGUUUCGAUGUGUUAUGCAGCUACGCAAGUGCCCGUGUAUAUUGUAAUACUAUUGUUUAGUUAUAAUUUACUAACGGACUGUAUAGGAAAAAAAAAAAAAUAAAGUAAUUAAUUUAAUACAAAAUAAAAUUAAAAUAAUUACACGUCACAUGGUACAAACAAAUUAAUAAACUGUUAUAUUGUAGACGUACAACUGCCGUGCGGAUGUCUCGGGAUUGACUUUACAACGGCAUUAGGAGAAGGCCUUGUUUCGUUUGUCAUGUUUUCAUCGAACACCGCGUAGGUCAUUACAAACGCGCAGUGGCGGAUUUACGAGGGGUUCAGGGGGGUCUACUCCCCCCACCCCCUCGACACUGAUAUGAUUUCAUUAAACGUCGUUCAGAAAACAGUCAUCUGUUAAUAGAGACACCAUUAAAAUACGUAUGGUUUUUCAGAACUCCUGCCAGAGGAAUCCGCCACUGCAAAUGCGAUACUCAGCUAUGGUAUAUCAAGUAUUAUUUUUGAUUGAAAAUAUUAAAAACCGUGAUUUUAGAGAGAUGGCGGUGACUUACGAAAUAAUUGCGGCUUCGGUUAUCGGCAAAAACCAAUUAAACUUCAAUCAAUUAGUCAUGCGCAGUAAAUAUCAGUGAUCGUCAUUUUCAGUUCUCGACACGUUUGAUGUUUCUGUAAUAAUAAUAUACGUAUGAAAUAUUGUUUGUUUAUAGCUAUUGUUGUACAUCCCAACGCGACGAUAUUGGGCAAAGGAGGUCGGUAAUAAAACAUAGAUAACAUGUGAGGAAUGGAUAGAACAUGCCCACACUAAUCUCAAGAGAGGCUCAGUCCCCGGAACGGCAGCCACCUGAGGCCAAUUAUUAUCAAAUCAAUUGUAGUACGUGCGCUCCUAGCGUUUCCGCGGUCCAUAUACAUACUUUACUUGAAAUUUAGAAUAGACGAAUCUAUUCAGUGAGAAAAAUCGUAGUUUUUAAAUUAUCGAUUGUUUCCAAUUAACUUGCAGUCAAAUUUUAAUUCUAAAAGAACGAAGCGCAAAUUAUUUGUGUCACGGAAAUGAAAAAUAAGCCUCGGCUUCUAAUCGUUUUUACAAACUAAACAUUUUAAACCAUGCCCUAUCCAUUUCUUUAUUGUCUAUGACAAUAACACACACAGGGGGAAUUUUUUAUUUUACCAUGAACAGGCGAUUAUUCGCGAAGAUAUCGAAUACAAUUUAUUUUGGAAUUUUUGUUUUAGUCAUUGCGUACAAUUUCGCAACGAUCUCAAUAAAAAUAUUUUUAAAAUGUUCGCCUUCUAGUCUCAUGCGUACAUCAUAAAUACAUAUUACGAUACGUGUCGAUUUUUGAUUUGCAUAUCAAUUUUUCAAAUUAAAUUCAAACGGACAAUUAAGAGAACUGGAUCAAUAACUCAUUUCGAAUUAUCAAUAAUUAGAUAAUAAUAAUCUUACGUCUCUGUCCUACACUCCGGUUCAAAUGUAACCGUUGGCCGCGGUCACGGUGCAUAUCCGAUGUCACUGUUCGGCAUCUUAUAAACACGUGUAGACUGCAUACAAUAUGUUUUCGUUUCGGAAAGUGGUUUCAAAAGAGGCGAGGGAAGGGGGCGGUAUUUUAAAACCGAAAGUCGAUAUGUGCUUAUGAUGCAUUGCGAAAUAGGGGCGACAUUUCGAAAACAAUAUUGUGAAUUCGAUUGUGAAAAGAUUUUGUACUACGACGGAGAAAAAUUCCGAAAUAAAUUUCAGUAAAAUACAUAAUCGCUUGUUAAUGAUACGACAAAAAAAAAAAAAAAUAGUAUACGCACGAUAGUAUUAUUAUUUAACUCGGCGGGUUAUUUCAUCGCAAACAUCAUGUUACCGGUUGUCGAUAAAACUGUUAUAAUAUUGUUAUUGUCUUCAGCGUAUUUAAUACCGAGCGGUGCGAUCGUCGAUACCGACCAUUUUCAAUCGUACAUCAUUCUACUGCUGUGCAAAGAAGGUAUUUGGAAACCCCCCCCCCAUUUAAAUACGAUAAUUUUUAAGCAAAAUAACGCGCCGACGCAUUAGAAAAUAUAAACAUUUUUUUUUUUUUUUUUUUUACAGGGGGCUUACAGCCAAUUGUUAUGGUUCUCGUUAACGCGCUCCCCAUGGCCGACGAUAUCACGGAGAAGGUUUUUCAAUAUUUAAAAGACAACCGUCUAGACACUAAAUUAUUAAAAGUUUACGAUCAGGAUUGUCGAUACGCCAGGAACAUCGUCGGAUUAUAUAAUUAGGAAUAAUGUUUAAUUAUUUUUUUUUCUCCUUUUAAUAUUAAUGAUAGUAACAAAAAAAAAAACAAAAAAUGUAAAAGAAAUGCUUAUGCCACCGUUGUUUGCUCGUCGUAAACGGUUCGUUCUGAAUAAAUCGCAUUAUAAUUGGAAUAAUUGUUAAAAUAUUCUGAGUUUUAUCAAAACGUGUUUGAAUAUAAAAAUUGUAUUAAGUACCUAAGAUUCGAACCAAUUUUUUUAAUUUUUUUUUUUUUUUUAAUUUAUAUUAUAAUAAUAAAG